AAACUUCUCAUCAUCAUCAUCAUCAUGGGCAGUAUCGAGACGCCACCAUUCCAGCCGGAAUACGAUGUAUUGGUCAUCGGCUGCGGGCUCAGCGGCAUAUACACCGUGUAUCGUAUGCGGCAAUUGGGACUCAGGGUGAAAGCGCUGGAUGCAGGUUCGGGAGAGGGCGGGACAUGGCGUUCAAACCGUUAUCCUGGCUGCCGAUUCGAUUCUGAAAGCGUCAGUUAUGGGUUCUCCUUCUCGCAAGAAGUGCUUGAUGAAUGGGAUUGGACCGAGACAUUCGCCCCCGGAUCCGAGACACUCAAAUAUGCCCAGUUCCUCACGGACAAGUUUGAUCUUCGGAAAUAUAUGCAAUUCAGCACAAAGAUAGUUUCUGCGCACUUCCAGGAAGAUACGAGAUUGUGGUUGUUGACCGAUAGCCAUGGCCUGACGUACUCAUCUCGGUUCCUCGUCACAGCGCUGGGCAUCUUGAGUGCACCAACCCUGCCAAACAUCCCGGGCGCCGAAACCUUCAAAGACAGCUUUCACAGCUCACGCUGGCCCGAGGAUGGAGACAAACGGCUCAAGGGCAAACGCGUGGGCAUUAUAGGAACAGGCGCGACAGGCAUCCAAAUCAUCCAGACGAUCGUGAAGCCCGAGUACGACGUGAAGUCUCUGACGGUGUUCCAAAGAACUCCCAAUUGGAGCGCGCCACUUCGCAAUGAGUCACUGACCAAGCAAGACAUGGUGGAGAUCCGAAAGCAAUAUCCCAAGAUUUUCGAGCAAUGCCUCAAGUCCUACAGUGGCUUCGUCUACACCGCGGACACGCGCAAGACAUUAGAAGUUCCCGAAGCAGAACGUCUCGCAUUCUGGGAAGAUCUCUAUGCCAAACCAGGUUUUGCCAAAUGGCUCCAAAACUUCGCAGACAUCAACACUGACCGCGAAGCCAAUGCCGUGUUUAGCAAAUUCAUCGCCGACAAGAUUCGGCAGCGAGUCCACGACCCUCGCAUUGCAGAGAAGCUCAUCCCUCGCAAUCACGGCUUUGGAACGCGUCGUGUGCCGCUGGAGACUAACUAUAUCGAAGCCUACAACGAUGAGCGUGUGCGCUUGGUAGAUGUGGCAGAAGACGAUCCCAUUGAACGCAUCACUGAAACAGGCAUUCAGCUGCAAAGCGGCGAACAUGUCGAUCUUGAUAUUCUCAUCUUCGCGACCGGGUUUGACGCUGUCACUGGACCUUUUCAUUCGAUAGAUUUUCAGGGUGUGGAUGGAGCCAAACUCAAAGACGUCUGGGCAGAUGGCCCUCGGACCUUUUUGGGGUUAUUUGCACACAAAUUUCCAAACAUGUGCAUGAUUUUGGGUCCUCAUCAGAUGUUCGGCAAUAUCCCCCGGUCCAUCGAAUACGCAGUCGACUGGGUCUCCUCAUUUCUCCAGACCUGCUACUCCAACAAUCCCCAAAAACCCAUUACCUACUUCGUCGCCCGAGAAGACAAAAUCAUCGAAUGGACGGAACAUGUGCACGAAUGUGCUCAGGGCCUGUUGGCGAAUGAGGUGGAUUCGUGGAUGACGGGCGUGAAUAAGAAUGUCCCGGGUAAGGAGAAGAGGAGUAUUGCGAGGUAUAAUGGUCCUGGACCGGGGUAUCGAAUGCGGUGUGAGGAUGUGGAGAGGAGAGGGUAUGAGGAUUUGGUUUUGGAGUGAGUGAGAGUGAGUGAGUGAGAGUAAGAUAGGUAGGUGAUUAUAGAGCUAUCAUUUGUUUUAGACCAACAUAGUCGUUUAACCU